GAAGCCCAUCUCACUCUAAUGAACAACCUCUCCAUCUCCAAAUCCUACCUCUCCAUCUCCAGCCCCGGAACCCAUCUCGUCCCAGGCAACGACACUCUCGCACGCAGCCUAACCCGCGACUGCAACAUUUACGCUUCCAAUUUAAAAAAAUCCCACCCUAAUCGAUUCGGAUAUUUUGCAGCUUUGCCUCUUCCCGAUAUCUCAGGAAGUUUGCAAGAAAUUUCUCAGGCGAUAGAAGAAGGUUGUGAUGGAUUUGUUUUGAUGACGAAUUCGCAUGGAAAGUAUUUGGGAGAUGAAGAAUUGAAUCCUGUUUUUGAGGAAUUGAAUCGGAGGAAAUGUUUGGUGUUUAUUCAUCCUACUACUCCGCAAUGUCCUUGUUCUUCUUCUUCUUCUUCUUCUUCGCCGGAAGGGAUUGCUGCAAAGGGAGGAGGAGAGGUACCAGUAAAAGCUACGCCGUUUGCGGGAAGAAUGCCGAAUCCCAUGUUGGAGUUUUUCUUCGAUACGGCUCGUGUGGUGACGAAUUUAUUCAUGAGUGGGACGAUUCAACGAUGUCCCGAUUUGAAAAUUAUUCUUCCGCAUUUGGGAGGUGCGGCGCCGAGUUUGCUGUCGCGUUGGACGGGGUUUAGUCAAUUAGUUCCGGGGCCGUGGGAAGGUAUGGAAGAGGCCAAAGUGGUGGAAGUCUUUCGGAAGCAGAUUUGGUUCGAUAUGGCGGGUUUUGUAUUUCCGAGUCAGAUUCGAGGGUUGAUGGAUGGCGUGGGAGUGCCGCAUACGAGAUUGUUGUAUGGGUCGGAUUUUCCGUUUACGCAGAGUGAUGGGGUGGAGUUGUUGUUGGGGCAGAUGGAAAAGGGCGUCAAGGAACUUUUUAAUGAAGAGGAAAUUGAGGAUUUGUAUACUAGGAAUGCGCAGAGGCUGCUCUCGAGUGGUGAAGCGUAGUUACCUACCUAAUUAACUACAUGUAAG